UUGUUAAAAAAGAGACUAGAGCUAGGAAUGGAUCAGGCUUGUUUCUCGGGUGUUCCUUCAUCUGCAUUACGUGAGAUUUGUCUUUUACGUGAGCUUAGACAUGGAAAUGUUGUUAGAUUAAAUGAUGUUAUACAUACAGACAAAACGUUGAAUUUAAUUAUUCGUUCAUUAAUGCAACAACUUUUGGCUGGAUUAAGUUAUUGUCAUGCCCAUAAUGUUUUACACAGAGAUUUAAAGCCACAAAAUCUGUUAAUUAGCAACAAUAUUAAAGACUCCCCUCCCCAAUUAAAAUUGGCAGAUUUUGGAUUAGCAAGGCCUUUUGGAAUUCCUGUUCGCUGCUAUAGUGCUGAAGUUGUAACACUUUGGUAAUUUUUUUUAAAUUUAAUUAGAGUUGGUUCGGUAUUGUGUAUCGGGAUUUACCGAUCGGUAUCUGGAUUUCGGUAUUAUUAAAAAAUUCGGAAUUUAGAUACCAGGUUUGGUCAAUCCUGAUACCGAGCCGGUAACGGCUCGGUAUAGGGUACCGAGCCGUUAGCUCGGUACCCUAUACCGAUAUAUUCUAACUAAAAUACUAAAACCUUUACAUAAAAAAAGACUAAAAAUGCGCAAAGGGCUCAUUAUUUAUCUGACAACCCAUUAUAUAGUACCCUCGGUACCCUAUAUAUAUCGGUACCCUCGGUACCGUUAGCUUAGUAUAGGGUACCGAGCCGUUAGCCAAAAUAUCCCGAUACCAGCCGGUAUCCAAAAUAACGAUACCGAUUUCAGUUCGGAAUCCCGAUACAGCCCAACUCUAAUUUUAUUAAAAUUAAAAUAUUUUACGGGGGAAUUUAAAGGUAUAGACCACCAGACGUUCUUUUUGGGGCAAAACUUUACAAUACUUCCAUAGAUAUUUGGUCUGCUGGAUGUAUUUUUGCUGAAAUUGCCAAUUGUGGUAAACCUCUUUUCCCUGGUGCUGAUGUUGAUGAUCAAUUGAAGAGAAUAU